GAGAGGUUGAGGCCGGGAGAAAGAAGCAACGGCGUCGUCGGCGGCCGGCCGGCGAGCCCCCGGCCUGCGACCUGGCCUGCGGCUCGGUCAGAGCUGCCCGCCAGCGAAGUCCGGCCCGCCGGGCAAGAAGGACAAUACCGGUGAGAAAAUGUCUGGCAACAAUGACUGGUUUCAGAGUUCUCGGGUCCCUAGCUUUGCCCAGAUGCUGAAAAAGAACUUGCCAGUUCAGCCAUCAGCCCAGACGGUAACAACACCCACAGGAUAUUCCUCGGAAAGUUACAGCCUGUCAAACAUGGCAUCCAAGGUUACGCAAGUGACGGGUAAUUUUCCAGAACCAUUGCUUUCAAAAGGUCUUUCAUCUAUUUCAAAUCCUGUCCUUCCUCCAAAAAAAAUACCUAAAGAAUUUAUAAUGAAAUACAAACGUGGAGAGAUAAAUCCUGUAUCAGCCUUGCACCAGUUUGCACAAAUGCAGCGGGUUCAGCUUGACCUGAAGGAAACAGUGACAACAGGUAAUGUUUUGGGACCAUAUUUUGCUUUCUGUGCUGUGGUGGAUGGUAUUCAAUACAAGACUGGACUGGGACAAAACAAAAAGGAGUCUAGAUCCAAUGCAGCAAAAUUAGCUCUUGAUGAGCUUCUACAGCUGAAUGAACCUGAACCAAGAAUUUCAGAAACAUCAGGUCCUCCUCCUAUCCCUGCAGAACCUAUUGUUUCACCUGAACCAGUAUAUGUUUCAAAAGUACAUUAUGAAGGGAGACAUAUUCAGUUUGCAAAGAUUUCACAGAUUGUUAAAGAAACAUUUAGUCAACUAAUUUCUAAUCAAUCAGACUAUCUGAAAUGUAGCAACUCAUUAGCUGCUUUUAUAAUUGAAAGAGCUGGACAACACGAAGUUGUAGCUAUAGGCACAGGUGAAUACAAUUACAGUCAGUGCAUUAAGCCAAAUGGAAGAGUGUUGCAUGAUACUCACGCUGUUGUUACAGCAAGGAGAUCUCUCCUUAGGUACUUUUAUAGACAACUUCUACUCUACUAUAGCAAAAAUCCUGCUAUGAUGGAAAAAUCAAUAUUUUGUACAGAACCAGCUUCUGAUCUACUCACCCUCAAGCAAAAUAUCAACAUUUACCUCUAUAUGAACCAGUUGCCUAAAGGAUCAGCCCAGAUUAAGUCACAAUUGCGUCUUAAUCCACAUUCUAUAUCUGCAUUUGAAGCCAAUGAAGAACUAAGUCUCCAUGUAGCUGUUGAAGGCAAAAUUUAUCUGACUGUCUACUGUCCUGCAGAUGUUGUUAAUAGAAUAAGCAGUAUGUCCUCAAGUGACAAGUUGACAAGAUGGGAAGUGCUUGGUGUACAGGGAGCAUUGCUCAGUCACUUUAUACAGCCAGUUUAUAUCAAUAGUAUUCUUGUUGGUGAUGGAAAUUGCAGUGAUACCAGAGGCUUAGAAAUUGCUAUAAAGCAACGUGUUGAUGAUGCACUCACUUCCAAACUUCCAAUGUUUUACUUGGUCAACAGACCUCAUAUUAGUUUAGUACCUUCUGCAUAUCCAUUUCAGACAAACUUGGAAUAUAAAUUCCUGAGUCUGAAUUGGGCACAAGGGGACAUUUCUUUGGAGAUUGUGGAUGGCCUAAGUGGAAAGAUUACAGAAAGUUCCCCAUUUAAAAGUGGUGUGUCAAUGGCAAGUCGGCUUUGUAAGGCUGCAAUGUUAAGUCGAUUUAACCUGCUUGCCAAAGAAGCUAAAAAAGAAGACAUACUUGAAGCUAGUACAUAUCAUGCAGCUAAGCGUAUGUCUGGAUCCUAUCAAGAAGCUAAAACUUUGUUGAAAUCCUACUUACAGCAACAUGGCUAUGGCUCCUGGAUUGUGAAAUCUCCCUGUAUAGAGCAAUUUAGUAUGUGAAUUAAGCAAUCCAUUGUCAUAUUAAAAUUCUUUUUUGUGUGUGCUUUGA